AGUCGUGGUCUGUGAGGCACGGCGCAGGGAGUGGGCUAACUGCUGAACGAGACCGUCUUGUAAGAAGACAUAUGCCUUUUUCUUUUUGGCUAUGCCAUUUCAUUACUGCCGACUACUCUCGAUGACAUUUAUGCUACCUUGUAUUCACUUGGUUGUUUUGCAAAACUGAACGCAUCGGAUUGUGGAAUGACAACUGUAUUUAAAACCCAGAUUUAGUGGUUGGAAAACCUCUCUCCUCCACUCAGUCACAACCGGCUGGAAAGGGCUCUGUGUGAUAUGUGCUUCACGUGUUUGCGCGCAACAGUAAGGUAACUCCGUUUAUUAUCUGAACCCUGACCGUUAUGCACAUCUGAUCACAAGUGCAUACAUGUGAAGGACUUGGAUUCAAGGUCCUUUCUUAUACGUGAAUGCGGCGUGUACAUCUGGUCUGUCAACGCAGGAGGUUCCGACAGAGGAGGGCAUGAAUUCUUUGAGAAUUCUGAAGUGGAAUUCACAGCGCCUUUGGAUUAUUUACCCGGAGAUGAUUGUGUUUCCAAUCCUUUGGUUUCUAUCCCAGGCUCGCGCGGCGCCUUCUCUAACGGCCGAACAGAUGGACAUGGGGGUGGAUUGGCUGAGCAAGUUCGGCUACCUGCCGCCCCCUGAUCCUGUGACGGGGCAGCUGCAGACCAAGGAGGCGCUGACCAAAGCCAUCAAAGCCAUGCAGAGGUUCGGGGGCCUGGAGGAGACAGGAGUGCUGGACCAAGCUACUCUGGGUCUAAUGAAGACUCCGAGAUGCUCCCUGCCGGACUUCUCUGCGUCAGAGACUUCAGUGGGACGGAGAAAACGAGCACUCACACCCCAGAACAAGUGGACCAAGAGACACCUGUCCUGGAGGGUGCGUACCUUCCCCAAGGAGUCGGCACUGCUGGGCAGGGACACGGUGCGCGCGCUCAUGUACUACGCCCUGAAGGUGUGGAGCGACAUCGCGCCGCUCAACUUCCACGAGGUGGCCGGCAGCGAGGCCGACAUCCAGAUCGACUUCACCAAGGCGGACCACAACGACGGCUACCCCUUUGACGGGCCGGGGGGGACGGUGGCCCACGCCUUCUUCCCCGGGGAGCGCUUCACGGCGGGGGACACACACUUCGACGACGAUGAGGCCUGGACGUUCAGGUCACCAGACUCGCAUGGGAUGGACCUGUUCGCGGUGGCCGUGCACGAGUUCGGCCACGCCAUAGGUCUGGCCCACACGUCGGCCAUGGAGUCCAUCAUGCGGCCAUACUACCAGGGCCCGGUGGGUGACCCCCUGAAGUACGACCUCCCCUACGAGGAUAAGGUCCGCGUCUGGCAGCUGUACGGGGUACGAGACUCAGUGUCGCACACGAUUCGCCCAGACGAUCCGUCCCGCACUGCUGAUCCACCAGUUCUGCUGGACCUCCCUGAGAACAGAUCCACUGUCCCGCCAGCUCGCGAUGCCCCAGACAGAUGCACCACGCACUUUGAUGCAGUGGCCCAGAUUCGAGGCGAGGCCUUCUUUUUCAAAGGGAAGUAUUUCUGGCGUCUGACGCGGGAGAAGCACCUGGUGUCUCUGCGGCCAGCUCAGAUCCAUCGCUUCUGGAGGGGACUGCCCGCCAACCUGGACAGCGUGGACGCCGUCUACGAGAGGCCAGGGGACCACAAGAUUGUCUUCUUCAAAGGAGUGAAGUACUGGGUGUUCAAAGACAACAAUGUAGAGGAGGGCUACCCGCGGCACAUAAGUGACUUCGGCCUCCCCAUGGAAGGCGUGGAUGCUGUGUUUGUGUGGCUGCACAACGACAAGACGUACUUCUUCAAGGACACGCGCUACUGGCGCUAUGACGACCACCUGCGACGCAUGGACCUGGGCUACCCCAAAGACAGUGCACUCUGGAAGGGCAUCCCCAUGCAUCUCGACGACGCCAUGCGCUGGUCCGACAGCGCCUCAUACUUCUUCAAAGGGAAGGAGUACUGGCGGGUGGUGGGCAGUGACAUGGAGGUGGAGGCCGGCUACCCACACUCCAUCGCCAAGGACUGGCUGGUGUGCACCGAGAUGCAGUCCGACUCACCGGCCACCGAGGCCAACCGCACGGACACGCGGCUCCGCGGCCCACACCACGCCGACCACGCCGAGAACGGCUUCGAGGUGUGCUCCUGCACCUCCGACGACGCCCCGCCUGGGGGCGCGCGCCUCUCCCUCUCGCCCCUCUGGGCCCUGUCCCCACUCUGGACGCUCUGGACAGCCCUCUCCAUGGCCCCAGGGCCACUAUGAUGACUGACUGGCAGAGCGAGCGAGCGAGCGAAUGGGCGCGGACUCCACUGGAAGCAUUUGAGGCUGGAAGCCUAAGAUUUACCCCAGGGCACUGGGAGGGCUGGCAGGGCACAGAAAGGAGGCAGGGGCAGGGCUGGCUGGCUCUGCAGGACAGCAGCAGAGGGGAAAGGGCUGGACUCAUAACGCCUCCCCUCUGCACACUGAUAGACGGCAAUCAGGCCUCAGGACACCACUCCACCUCUCUCUGUCUGUGUCUGUUUAUUCUUGUGUUUGAACUGGAAUUGUUCUAUUAUUAUUAUUAUUAUUGUUAUAAGCCCUUCUUAUUUCCCAUAAGUACUUUUGUUUGAUAUGGUAAAUGCACAGUACUUUUGGAUAAGAUGUCUUGAAACACUUUUGUAAAGUUCUGUUAAUUCUAAUUAUGGCGAUAACAACAAUGACAACAAGAGUAAUAAUUAUUCCAAUAAUAAUAAUAAUAGUAAGUUGAAUGGGGCUCCCUGCAUUCCUGCAGUCUGGGGGUGAGAGGCAUCAUGGGGUGUUUCCUGUCACAUGACCUCUCAUCAUUCUGAUCACUAUAAGUGCUUUAAGAAUCCAAUCACUUGUUUCUCACAGCUGAGAAUAUUCUGGAAAGUGUUGGACCUCUCUUUCCUCUGACCACUAUCACAUAGUUAAUCAUUCAUCUCUCUCUUUCUUUUAUCUCUCUCACUCUCUCGAUCUGUCUAUCCAUCUGUCUAUUUAUCUAAUCCAAUCUAAUAUAUCUAUCUGACAGUCUGUCUCUUUCUUUGUCUUUUUAUCUCUCUGUUUCAGUUCAUCUCAUUAUAGUGCAUUUAAUGUCCACCAGACUUUUCCCAGAGAUGACAAAAUAGUCAUUAUCUGUAUUUUUGUAACUAAAGCAGCUACAGUCACUCAUGAAGGACUUGCAUGAUCUGGGAUUCACAAUGCCUUUGGUUGCCACAGUUACCUAUAUAUAUAUUUUUUUUUUUUUUUUUUUUUUUUGUUUCAACAUGUCCUCCUGCUGUUUCCUGUGGUUUUAGUCUUUCUUACUAAUAUCAGUGCAGAGGGUGGCCAACACAGAGACUGAAGAUGCCAAUCAGCUCCAGACUCUGGAUCUGUUGAUAGUGCACACAAAUCACAACUGGAGUUUUGUCAUAAUUGCUAAGAAAUAUUUACAUAUAUAAACAUAUAUGUACACACAGAUAUAUUUAAAGUGAAAGGUUAUAUGGCUAUUGCAAAAUGUAAAUUCUGAGCUUUCUUUUCUAAGGUGAGAUAUUUUUGUAGAAAAAAUAAAAAUAAAGCGGUGUUUGAAGGCCUUUGGUAGAAUGA